CCAAACUGUUGCGUCAAGCAGGACGGGUUCUAGGUCUCCGCUUUGCAGUCCCUCUACCUUACUUAGGGCGGAGCCUGCAUUUCGGCGGCGACGAUCGCCAGCUAGCAAAAAUGUCUGGGCUUCUCGAGAAGGAGAUUCAGGAUGCACAGGAAGCUGUUACUAAGCAAGGCGAUACCGUCCGUUCCCUAAAGGCCAGCCUGAAGGACGGGAAGGCGGAGAAGGCCGAAGUGGACGCUGCUAUUCAAAAGCUGGCAGAGUUGAAGCUUGCCCUGGAGGCUAAGCAAAAGGAAUAUGAGAAAACGACGGGCAAGGUCUCGGCUCAGAGCAAGGAGGCGCUCCGGGCUGCCCUGGCGGGCGUGCUGGAGCGCCGCAUGUUCUACAUCCCAUCCUUCAAAAUUUAUGGCUCUGUUGCCGGCUUCUACGACUACGGCCCGCCGGGCUGUGCCAUCAAGCAGAAUAUGACGCAGACGUGGCGCAAUCAUUUCGUGCUGGAGGAGAACAUGCUGGAGGUGGAAUGCCCUGCCGUGACUCCGGAGAUUGUGCUCAAGGCCUCCGGUCACGUGGAUCGCUUCACUGAUUUCAUGGUCACGGAUGUGGCCACCGGGGAGUGCUUUCGCGCAGAUCAUCUGCUCGAGGGCCACCUGGAGGCGCUCCUGGAGGACAAGAAGAACCCUGUCAGCCCGGAGAAGGCCAGGGAGAUUCGCGAGCUGCUGGCCAGCGUGGGCGAGCUGAAGCAGGACUCCAUGGCUGCGGCACUCCAGGAGUAUGAUGUUCGUGCCCCCGGGACGGGCAACGCGAUCUCUCCACCUUUCCCCUUCAACCUGAUGUUCAAGACGUCCAUCGGCCCCAAGGGUGACCUCGUGGGCUAUCUGCGACCGGAGACGGCGCAGGGCAUCUUCGUGAACUUCAGGGACCUGUUGUACUACAACGGCGGCAAGCUACCGUUCGCCGCCGCGCAGAUUGGCAAUUCGUACCGAAAUGAGAUCUCGCCACGCGCGGGCCUGCUUCGCGUCCGUGAGUUCACGCAGGCGGAGAUCGAGCACUUCGUUAACGGUGCUGACAAGUCGCACCCCAAGUUCGCAUCGGUUGCUGGACUGCAGCCGCUGCUCUACUCGAGGGCUCUGCAAAUGGGCGAGGAGAAGAAGGCGCAGCCUAUGUCCUUGGGCGAGGCGGUGGAGAAGGGCAUUAUUGCCAAUCAGACGCUCGCCUACUUCAUCGGGCGCACCUGGUUAUUCUUCAUCAAGGUUGGCGUCAACCCGGAGCGCAUGCGCUUUAGGCAGCACCUGCAGCAUGAGAUGGCCCACUACGCCACCGACUGCUGGGAUGGUGAGGUGGAGACGACGUACGGCUGGGUUGAGUGCGUCGGCCUGGCGGACCGCUCCGCGUAUGACCUCAAGGCCCACACGGCGAUGAGCAAAAUUGACCUGACGGCCUUUGAGAAGUUCCCUGAGCCACGUAUGGAGGAGGUGGUUAAAGUGGUGCCCAACAACAAGGAGCUGGGGGCUGUCUUUAAGAAGGACCAAAAGGUGGUGAAGGAGGCGCUCGAGGCGCUGGACGAGUGCUCCGCAAUGGAGCUGAAGUCCAAGCUUGACGCUGGUGAGACAGCCAAGGUGUCCGCCUCCACUGGCCAGUCGUUUGAAAUCAAGCCGGGCAUGGUGGAGAUCAAAAAGGUGACGGAGAAGGUGACGGGCAAGACGUACACUCCCAGCGUCAUCGAGCCCUCCUUCGGCAUUGGGCGUAUCAUGUACUGUAUGUUCGAGCAUAGCUACUACACACGCGAGGGCGAUGAGACCCGCGCGGUGAUGGGCUUCAAACCCGUGGUGGCACCGACCAAGGCAACCGUGUUUCCGCUGGUGCAGAAGCCCGCGCUGAACGAUCUGGCAGCCAAGAUCUCCCGUGACCUCACCGCAGCGGGGCUCUCGAACAUUAUCGACACCACGGGUAAUACGAUUGGCAAACGCUAUGCGCGCACGGAUGAGAUUGGUGUGCCCUUCGCUGUCACUGUGGACUUCGUUUCCGUCGACGGUGACGGUUCAGUGACGCUCCGAGAGCGAGACUCCAUGGCUCAGGUUCGCGUGCCACAGUCCGAGGUGGCCUCCGUGAUCCGCGACCUGGUCGACGACCGGACGAGCUGGGCUGACGUCGCGGCCAAGUACCCCGCACAGAAGGCGCAGGCUGACGACGAGUAAGCACGCCCUGCUGCGGGGGCGGGCAUAAUUGGAAUCUGCCGCUGGACGGUGGGCAUGUGCCGCCUGUGCAUCUGCUGGGUCGCUGUCCUUACUAAGCCUGCCAGAGUUUGAGGGGGAGGCGGGUCCCCUUGGUCCGCUGAUCAGGACUUCGUUUGGUACAGCUUUUCUAGGAAAAAUUUCGGGGAUGGUUCGGGGCUGUAGGAUUGCACAUCUCGCGGUGACGUCUUGGUUUAGAUGAUUGCGAUUGUUUCGCUAGAAGUGUUGUCUCCGUAAGGUGUAGCAUGGGUAGCUGUAGCACAAUUACGAGUGCACCCUUGGCUCAGCAUACUGCAAGUGGAUGGAGUGGCUGUUUGGAGGCACAUCUCUUUGCUGUGAGUCGGCGCCGAUGGUGCCAUUUGAAGGCCGCCAUGAAAGCACGGCCUUGUGGAGCUUCUUCCUAAGCGAGCUGCAUCCAAGCGAUCUGAGCACGCGUUGGGCGUUGCGUUUCGUGUCGCCGCUGCUGUCUGGGUAAUGGGUGGCAAUGGAGGAAGUAGGAUGAGUCGCCAGGGACGCGCGUGAAUAUGUUACGCGGGCUGCGUAUAUGUUGCAACUAGCGCAUGCUAGUACCAGCUCUGGCCGUCGUUAGGUGGGAAUGUGGCGACUGACUUGGUAUAUGUGCGUGCGUGGCAGCUGGCGGCGGCUGCCAGGUGGCUGGUUCUCCUCGGCAGCGUACGGCACUAAAUGCGACUGUGAGCAGUCGGUGAUGGGCAGAGAAUGCACGAUCCCAGAAGUGUUUUUAACCCUGUUUUCACUUGUCACUUGCGCCAUUGGGCUUCCAUGUUCCAAGGGUAGCGCAUGCCCUGAUGUGGCGCUCUGCUUGCUUCUGCAUUUGCGGCUUCAGGAUCUCGUUUGCCUGCGGGAGAUACCUUAUCGGCAAGUCGAGCAUAUAAUAUGCAUACGGUGCGAAAUGGCCAAUAUCGGUGGAGCGUGAUGGGAUUGAUGUGGCGGUUGGGGGGUUUCGGUGAUGACGGCGGGAGUUUACACUGUUCAGCGGUUAUACUGGCGGAUGAGCGCUUUUCGGUGAAGGGUGUAAAGUGGUUUUGACGGCAUUUAAGUGGCAUGCCGUAUAAGCGCAAAGCCGAGUACUACGGAAUCUUAUGUACAGAUAUGGAGGGAACUCGAACGGAGCUUGGGACUGCCGGGCCAUGGUUGCAUGCUAUUCGGAUGGAGUCUGGUGGCGUCUUUGCGUUUUACAGGCGCACCUGAGGUUUCAAGAGAGGUUUGGCGUGGCGUCGAUCCGCGACCAUGGGGGUUGCAAUGGCGAUCAUGGGGUUUCCCGAGAGAACAGCGGGGGGCGGCUGUCCCAGAUAUUUCGCGGCUGUAUCGUGUGUAACGGAAGCGAUGCU